AUGUCGGAGGGGCGGAUUUAUGUCGGGAAUCUUCCCAUGGACAUCCAGGAGAGGGAUAUCGAGGGUCUAUUCUACAAAUACGGAAAAAUCCGUGAGAUUGAAUUAAAAAACAACAGGGGCACUAUCCCAUUUGCCUUUAUCCGAUUUGAAGACCCACGGGAUGCGGACGACGCCGUCUAUGGAAGGAACGGAUACGUAUAUGGAGACACCAAACUGCGCGUAGAGUAUCCUCGAUCCUCUAGUAACUUUAGUCCGAUGAGAGGUGGCGGAGGUGGUGGUGAAAGAGGAGGACCCAGAGGAAGAUUUGGACCCCCGACACGGAGAUCAGAGUUCCGUGUAAUAGUUACCGGAUUACCACCAAGUGGCAGUUGGCAAGAUCUGAAGGAUCACAUGCGCGAGGCAGGUGACGUGUGUUUCGCCGACGUGCAGCGGGAUGGAGAGGGCGUGGUAGAAUUCCUCCGUCGAGAGGACAUGGAUUACGCGUUGCGCCGGCUGGAUCGCACGGAGUUCCGUUCGCACCAAGGUGAGACAGCUUACAUUCGUGUCUACGAGGAUAGAGGCACCCCCAACUGGAGUCGCUCGCGGUCCCGCUCCAGAUCCAGAGGUCGCUUUUCACCACCCUACCGAGGAUCACCGCCGCCACGCUACCAGUCCCCUCCACGCAUGUCACGCCAUAGUCCGCCACGGAGAGCAUCACACAACAGCCCGCCGCCCCGUCACUACCGCUAA